CGCGCGGGGCGAGCCGGGAGGCUGGGCGGGGCUCGGGCUCGGGCUCCAGCUGCUGCGGCCGCAGGUUCCAGAGCGGUUCCGAGCCGCGGCGGGCGCACUGCACCCGGCAGCCCCAGGCCCGGCCCCUACCCGUGUCCGCGUUGCUGCCCCGCCUCGGCCAGGCCCUGAAGGCAAGGACAAAGCAGCUGCCCGGGAAGCUCCGCAGGAAUCGAAUUUACGGGCAGCUGCCGGUAAUCACAGGCUCCAAGAUGGUUUGCGGGGGUUUCGCGUGUUCCAAGAACUGCCUGUGCGCCCUCAACCUGCUCUACACCUUGGUUAGUCUGUUGCUGAUUGGAAUUGCUGCGUGGGGCAUUGGCUUCGGGCUGAUUUCCAGUCUCCGGGUGGUCGGCGUGGUCAUUGCAGUGGGCAUCUUCUUGUUCCUGAUUGCAUUGGUGGGGCUGAUUGGAGCAGUGAAACACCACCAGGUGUUGCUAUUUUUUUAUAUGAUUAUUCUCUUACUUGUAUUUAUUGUUCAGUUUUCUGUAUCUUGUGCUUGUUUAGCCCUGAACCAGGACCAACAGGGUCAGCUUCUGGAGGUUGGUUGGAACAAUACAGCAAGUGCUCGAAAUGACAUCCAGAGAAAUUUAAAUUGCUGUGGGUUCCGAAAUUUUAACCCAAAUGACACCUGUCUGGCUAGCUGUAUUAAAAGUGGCCACCCAUGCGCACCGUGUGCUCCAAUAAUAGGAGAAUAUGCUGGAGAGGUUUUGAGAUUUGUUGGUGGCAUUGGUCUCUUCUUCAGUUUUACAGAGAUCCUGGGUGUUUGGCUGACCUACAGAUACAGGAACCAGAAAGAUCCUCGCGCUAAUCCUAGUGCAUUCCUUUGAUGAGAAAACAAGGAAAAUCUUUCAUAUUCUGAUCUUGUUCACCUUCUCUCGUUUUAACUUAAGCUGAUUUGUCCAUUUAAGGAAGGGAACAAUAGCUGGAAAAUUAUAUUAUUGACAGUGGAAUUAUAUAUUUUUACUCUCAUGUUUCUCUAAAUGUUUUUCUUUUUCCAUUGCUGAAAAAAAAAAAUUGAAACUGUGGUGUCCUCUGAAGCUCAGUGGUAGCUGUAAUCUACUGUACUCACAGGGUCUGGCACUGUCCAUGUGGCCUUUCUUAGCGUUUUUAUCUGCAGAAGAACUUUGUAUGGCACUCUUGUGUCGGUCAUAUGGUUAAUCUAAAUAUACAUCUCACUGGAAUAAUUGUACGUAGCGCUGUGCUGUGUAGAUAGUUCCUACUGAAAAAAAAAGUUGAGGUUUAUUAAAGCCAGAAAGUAUGAGAUUCUAUUAUGUUAAGCUCAAUAAGGGAAAUCCAAACUCCCAAUAUUUUUUUGUCUUUUUAGAAAGAUGUGUUGUGGUAAAAUGUGUUAAUAUAAAAGUGGUCAUUUACUCCUGGUAGUCUUUUAUGAUUACACCAGUGUGUUCUAGAAAUAGCGAUGUCUUUAGGAAAUUGUGAUUUCACUUUUGACUUUUCCAGGUAAGUGCAAAGGAGAAGUGUCUCAUGAAAUGUAUAACAUUUACCUUCAGCCUUCAGAAUGGAAUGAGUUUGAAUCAUUCAGGAAGUCAGUCUAUAUAAUCCUGAUAUUGUUUUAUAAUAAUUUGAAGUAAAAAAGACUGUGUUUUUAAACAAGUUACUCUUAAUGUGUUGGCCCAUGUAGCAAAAAGACAUUUGUUUAUCUUAAAAAUCGUUAAAUACCCUUUUCAUGAAAUUUCUCAGUAUUGUAACAGCAACUUGUCAAACCCAAGCAUAUUUGAUUGUGAUCUCUCAAUUUGAAAUUGAAGUAGUAUUGUGGUUCUGUAUAUUAUGUUAAAAAAUUAAAGGAUAGAAGAAACCUUU